UGAUGUAAAAACAUAAGCACUUGACGAGUUGCGGUUCCACUCCACGGUCUCUGCUGGUGCUGGAGGCUGGAACUAAUAUCGUGUUUGCAACACAUAAAAUAAUAUAACCUAAGUCACAAGCAGUCACAAGCAUUCGGAAGAUAAGGCGUGAUCGAAUUCUCCGUUUCAAGCAGGGAAAUGGUUGUCAUGUUAGUUAAGAAAUGAUAUUCUUUCACUUUUUAUUGUACGAAAGUUAAACGCACUCAAGUACGUGUUGUGUCACAAGAUAGUGCAAUCGAAAUAGCAAGGCAAAUGAGUCCCAAAGUUGCUAUUUAAAUAAGAUUAUUCAUUUGCAAUUUGCUCUUGCAAUAAGAGCUAAAUUGUACUUUUAGAAAUCAGCGAUAUAAUGAUAAUAUUUUGUGCUACUUUAAGUUCUGUUAUACUUAUAUUCUGAUCAAAGUAUAUUUUGUGAAUAGAGAACAUUAAUUAUUUGAAAUUAUAUUUACAUCAUGGCAAAUGCAAAGGAAUUACCAGAACUUCAAGUCUUCAGAACAGUAUUAUUUCACUGUGUAGUGAUAUUAGCCUUACCUGUGUUAUCAUUUUUUAUUAGCAAAACCUUUAUCUUUGACGGUUUGUUGGGAAUUAAUAGUAUACCAAGCAAUGUAUACUCAGCUGGGGUCGCGAUCAUCGUGUUACACAUUGCACUAGCUGCUUUCAUAUACCGCGCAUACUUCGACGAUCAAUCAAAGACGCAAACGAAGCAAGACUAAUUGUUUGCCUACGUUCAAAACACAUAUGUAAUUAAGUACACACAAUGUUGAUAACACAUUUUUGUGUAUGCCCAACGUCAAACGAAAAAUGUUACAUUCUUUAACUAAUAUUAUUUUCCGUUUUAUUGAAUACUGUGAAUUGUGUGUAUACAACGAGUAAAUUUAUACUUGUA